UAAAAAAUGGCCAACCAAAACCACACCUCACAUUACAAAUUCCCUUGAAGAAAACAUGAAUGCCACGGCUGCACCGGUGUCCAACUCCGGCGGCUUUCUUGGGUCACAAGAUAUCGGCGGGUUUGGCUACGGUAUCGGUAUCUCAUUUGGUAUAGUUUUGCUAAUCAUCACAAUCACAUUGGCUUCUUAUUAUUGUACUAGAAGUACACAACAAUCAUCACCUCAAUCAAAUAUUCGGCGUUCCACGAAUGUUGGCACAAUUGGGUUACAACCCGACUCGGCCCAUUAUGUGAUGGACAUGGGUCUAGAUGAGGCCACAUUAAUGAGUUACCCGGUUAUGGCUUAUUCGGAUGUCAAGAUCAAGAGAAAAGACUCGGGUUCUUCAUGUUGUUCAAUUUGUUUGGCUGAUUAUAAAGGUAAAGAUUUGCUUAGACAACUUCCUGAUUGUGGUCACCUUUUUCAUGUAAAAUGUGUUGAUCCAUGGUUAAGAUUGAACCCGACAUGUCCUAAUUGUCGAACAUCUCCCAUUCCAACACCACUAUCGACCCCAUUGGCCGAAGUUGUCCCACUCACCAUGAGACGGAAUUGAUUCACACCUGAUCUGAUCGAAUCGUUCAUGUUAAUCUAACUAGCAUUUAUCGAGGCUAGUCAGAUUAAUACAUUUGUACAGUAUUUUCGUACAGGUAAAAACUAUAGGUGUGCUCUUUAAUUUUAUAUAUGAUUUUCGAAAUUAUUUUAGACUGUAUAUUUAUUUUUUUGCAUCUAUUCAAAUGUGUAUUCUCAAUCCAAUAUUGUAAAUGUAACGAAAGAGCAAU